CAGGAUGAACGAGCUGGUGAAGAGUCUGCCCUCGCCGACCCUCCCCGGGCUGCACCUGCCCUGCCUGGACACCUACAAGGGCUGGCUCUUUAAAUGGACCAACUACCUGAAGGGCUACCAGCGGCGCUGGUUCGUCCUGAGCAACGGCCUGCUGUCCUACUACAGGACCCAGGCGGAGAUGGCACACACUUGCCGGGGUACUAUUCCCCUGGCGACGGCUCACAUCGAGGUGGGCGACACCUGCCACAUGGUGUUAACCAGCGGCGGCCGCAGCUACCACCUGAAAGCCACGUCUGAGGGGGAGUGCCAGCGAUGGGUGUCAGCUCUGCAGCAGGCCAAGGCCAACGCCACUCUCCUGAUGAAUCACUCAGAUGACUCAGGAGAUGAGGCUCCUGUUCCUCAGGAGGACCGUGCCCUAACGCAGGGGGUCCUCAAGAGUCUGGCCAACAAGCUGGACGACCUGAGCACCUGUAACGAUCUGAUCGGGAAGCACGGCGCCGCCCUGCAGCGCUCCCUCAGUGAGCUCGAGGACCUGCGAGGAACCACGGACAGCACGGACAAAGUGAAAGCUGUUAACGAGCGAGCCACCCUCUUCCGCAUCACCUCCAAUGCUAUGAUCAAUGCCUGUCGUGACUUUCUGGAUGUGGCAGAAUCUCACAGCCGGAGGUGGCAAAAGGCCCUGCAGCAUGAGAGAGAGCAGCGCAACCAUUUGGAGGAGACCAUUGAACAGUUGGCCAAACAGCACAACAGCUUAGAGAGAGCCUGGAGGGAGAAUCCCACCUCGUAUACAGGUGUGGAACUGUCUCAGGAGGGGGAUGCCAGUGACGAGAAUGACGAGGCAGAGUUCUUCGAUGCCGUGGAGGACUCUCCUGCAUUCAUAACAGUGACCGCUACUGGCAUACAGCACAAGCGCUCAGGGAGUAACCAGAGUAUGAUGAGUGGAAUCGUGCCCAAUGACUGGACUCACAAUGAGAAUGAUUCAGGUACAAACAACAUACAACUACGUAGAACAAGGCGCAGCCGCAUUCCAGACAAGCCAAAUUACUCCCUCAACCUGUGGAGCAUCAUGAAAAACUGUAUUGGCAAAGACCUGUCCAAGAUACCCAUGCCUGUUAACUUCAACGAGCCGCUGUCGAUGCUGCAACGUCUGUCAGAGGACCUGGAGUACAGCGAGCUUCUGGACCGGGCGGCCCAGUGCGACUCGUCCUUGGAGCAGAUGUGCCUGGUGGCCGCCUUCUCUGUCUCCUCCUACUCCACGACAGUCCAUCGCACCGCCAAGCCCUUCAACCCUCUGCUGGGGGAGACUUACGAGCUCGAUCGACUGGAGGAGUACGGCUACCGCUCAAUCUCUGAGCAGGUCAGCCAUCAUCCGCCAGCUGCUGCCCACCAUGUGACGUCGCAGCGAGGAUGGACCCUGUGGCAGCACAUCACCAUCGACAGCAAGUUCCGUGGGAAAUAUAUAUCUGUCAUGCCAUUAGGAAACAUCCACCUGCAGUUUCACUCGAGUGGAAACCACUACGUGUGGAGCAAAGUCACAUCAACGGUGCACAAUAUUAUCGUGGGAAAGCUUUGGAUUGACCAGUCCGGGGACAUCGACAUUGUAAACAACACGACCAAAGACACCUGCCGUCUCAAAUUCUCCCCCUACAGCUACUUCUCCAGAGAGGUUCCACGUAAAGUGACCGGGGUGGUGGAGGACAGAGAGGGCACAGCCCAUUACAUCCUGUCAGGGACCUGGGACGACAAGAUGGAGAGCGCUAAAGUGGUGGACAGCAGCCAAGGCUGCGGUGGCUCUGAGGGCAAACAGAAGACUGUGUAUCAGACUCUGCAGCCCAAGCUGCUCUGGAAGAAAUAUCCCCUCCCAGACAAUGCGGAGAACAUGCACUUUUUCUCCUCCCUGGCUCUCACCCUGAAUGAGCCGGAAGAGGGUGUCGCACCCACGGACAGUCGUCUCCGACCCGACCAGCGGCUGAUGGAGGCCGGUCUGUGGGACGAAGCAAACAGCCAAAAGCAGCGUUUAGAGGAGUGUCAGAGGCUGGAGCGAAAAAGAAGGGAGACACAAGCCAAUCAGGCUCUGGAGGAAGGGCAAGACAUCGAAGGAUACCAGCCGCUGUGGUUUGAGAAGAGGACAGAGGACUCGACGGGAGAGAGCACCUACGUCUACAAAGGCGGCUACUGGGAGGCUAAAGAAAGACAAGACUGGAGCCAGUGUCCGCAGAUCUUCUAGGACGAAAUGUCGCUCGCACCGCGGCAUCAGAUAGGCUGAGUGCUUCCCCGUGAUGUGAACAUACUC